AUGGACCGGGCGGGUAAUGCUCCCGAAUUGGGUUACGUACUGAGUAACGUUAGUACCUACUCCAAAAUCGUUAUUUACCGACCCAGCCACCCCGCGCCGUUGGUACCUCUCGGGAAAUGCCAAGGCCCCCCCACCGGUGAGGAGGAAAUCCCAAGCAUGUCUCCUCCUCUAUUGGCGGUUGCUAGCGCCGAAAAACACCAAGUAUCGGUAGAAUCGCAGUCGCAGGAUGCCCUUGGGCCAGCAAUAAUAAUGCAGCUCGAGACGAUUGACUCGCGCGCCGAGCGCAAGCUCCUCCUCAAGCUGGACGCCUUCUUUGUGCCCAUCAUCAUGGUGGUGUACCUGACGUGCUUCCUGGACCGCACCAACAUUGGCAACGUCAAGGUGGCGUGCAUGCCCGAGGACAUUGGCGCGUCGCCGCAGCAGUUCUCGACGGCCGUGUCCAUCUUCUACGCGACCUACGUGGCGUUUGAGCCGCCCUGGACCAUUAUGAUGAAGUGGAUGACGCCGCGGAUCCUGCUGACGUCGCUGUGCGUCGUGUGGUCGCUGGCCACCAUCUUCCGGGGCUUCAUCACCAACAUCGGGGGCCUGUAUGCCGUGCGCCUGAUCCUGGGCGCCUGCGAGGCCGGCCUGUUCCCCGCGCUCAACCUCUACCUCACCAUGGUGUACAAGCGCGACGAGCAGGCCACUCGCGUGUCGUACCUGUUUCGCUGGGUGUACACCAUCGAGGGCAUCUUCUCCUUCCUCGUCGCACCCGUCAUCUGGUUCGGGCUGCCCAACGACCCGUCCAUCGCCUACUUCCUCACCGGCGACGAGAGGCGCAUGAUGCCGGUGCGCGCCGUCCAAAGGGCCCAGUACAUGGGCAGCGAGGAGUUCAGCUGGGGUGAGAUCCGGAUCGGCCUCAAGGACCCCAAGCUGUACCUCAGCGCCGCCAUUCAGUUCUGCCAGGACACCCUGCUGUACGGCUUCAGCACUUUUCUGCCCUCCAUCAUUGCCAGCAUGGGCUACUCCGUCAUCCAGGCCCAGUACCUCAGCAUACCCGUGUACAUCUUUGGCCGUCUGUGUUUCCUCGCCGUGGCCUUUGUCUCGGACCGCUUCUGUGUGCGUGGCCCGUUCUUGCUCCUCGCCAAUAUCCCCGGCAUCAUUGGUUACGUCCUCAUUCUGUGUCCUACCAGCAACCCCGUCAGGUUCUUCGGCACCUUCCUCUGCGCCGUGGCCGUCUACAACGGGCCCGGCCUGAAUCUGACCUGGCUCAACGUCAAUGUCGCGCCGCAUUAUCGUCGCGCCAUCGGCAUGCAGCUAAGCAUCGGCAACUCGGCCGGUAUUGUGGCCGGGCAGAUUUACCGCAAUGCGCCGUAUGUUUUGGGGAACAGCUUCUCUGUCGCGGCGCUGGGCCUGUCGCAGUUUAUCAUCGUGCUCAAGUGGUUCUACUUGAGGCGUUGCAAUGAGGAGAAGAGGAGAAUUGCCGACGGGAACAAGGAUGACACGAGGAAGGUGAGGACUGGUGAUCGGGAACUGGACUUUAAGUAUCACCUGCCACAUAUUAGCGAACUGAUCAUGAAUAUACCGUCUGGAUAA